AUGUAUUUGGCUUAUGUAGUCUUUAAAUUUUUGAGAGCUAAAAAUAAUAUUGUAGAAACGAAGAAACUAAGAAAAUUAAAUUAUUUAGAGAUAUUUAAGGAAAAAGAGUAAAAGAAGGGGAAAUAUAAAAUUAAAAAUAUAAUGAUCUUAAAUUAUGAAAAUUAUAAGCAUAAAUUUACAAUGCUUUAUUAAAAAUAUAAGCUUAUAAUCAAUAUUAUUUUUUAUAAGAACAACUAAUUUAUUUAUUUUUUCAGGAAACAAAUAAUAAAAGAAUUUUAUUAAUAAUUAUAUUAGAUGGCUCUCUAACCAUGCAAAAUAUUAUCCUUAAUAUCCCCUAAUCAAUUUCUAAUUCAAACUUAAUAACUAAAGACUAUAAUAGUUGGUAAUGGAAUUCCUAAUUUUCUAACUAGAAGCAAAUUAAAUGUUAAUCAAAAGGCUCUAGAUACUUAUUUUUCAUAAUUAUAAUUAUUAAAUAAGGAAGCAGUAUACAAUAUUAAAACUAAUUAAUUACAAAUAAAUGGAGCAGACUUAUUUUAAGAAAUAUCAGAUGAUGCAGAAAUUCAUUUAAAAUUUAUUGGCGUUUAAAAUGAGGAACCGAAACAAACACAAUCUGUUUUAGAUUUUCUAAAAUAACAUAGAAAUAAAACUUUAGAUGCUAUUUUAGUAUCUUUUGAAGGAAAUAUUUUGAAUUUCUUUUAUAAUAAAAAUACAUUGAUAAGUUUAAUUCCAAGUGCUAUAUAUAUUGACGGUAAUAAAUGUAAUUAUUAAAGAGUUUACAAUUUAAGAUUAAGGAUAUGCUAAAAUUAUGCAAAAAGAAUGGCUUAAUAAAGAAUUUAGAAUAACUUUUAAAGGAACUUAAAUAAUGACAUUAAAUUAUUAGAAAAAUUUCAUAAAUUUUCCAAUUUUAAAAGCAGACUUAUAACUAACAAGCUAAAAAAAUAAUGAGUUAAGCAAUGAAUUUUAUAUUUCAUUAGUUUCAAGUGGAUAUGCAUAUUUAACUGAUUGGGGGUAAUAAAUUUGAGUAAUAAUAGUAAAUUGAAUUUAUAGUAAAAUUCUUUUAAAUUAUUGUUUCAACUUUAGGAAGAAGCCAAAAAAAACUAAUUAGGACUUUGGAAAAAUGGAGAAUUAGAUAGAAGAAUUCUAAAUUCAGUUAGUUCAUAAAUAUUAGGUUAGAUUGUAGAGGUUAUUGAGGCUAAUCAAUAUUUAGUUAAAACAGAUAAAUAGAUUGUGAAUAUAAAAUUAGAUAGAAUUUUUAUAGAAGGAUUAGAGGCAAAAGAAUUUGCUCGAAAAUUGUUAAUAGGAAAGCAAGUUCAUAUCCUAUAAGUUGGAGAUAAUUUGCCACUAUAAACUAUAUAAUUAUGUGAAAAUAAUUUAGAUAUAGAAGAAGAACUUAUAGCUAAUGGAUGGGCAACAGCUAAAGAGAAUCAUCCACAAUUAUCUAAAUUUAAAUUCUAAUAAUUUUAAUAAAUGAAUUAAUUAGCUAAACAAAAGAAAAUUGGAUAGUAUAGUUCAGAACUUACUUGGAGAAUUGAAGAUUAAACAGAUUAAAAAUAAGGAAAAAGUGUAAAUGAAAUAAUAUGGUCUAGCAUUUAGAGAGAUAAAUAAAGUUAAAAAUAAUCAGUUAUGAAUACUGGUCUUACAUAAAAAGAAGAUUGUUAAUAUGAAGUUUUGGUUGAUAAAAUCAUGCCAGAUGGAUAAUAUAUUAUUACUAUUCUUAAAUAUCAUUCUAUGAUUAAUUUUACUAUUUCUGGAAUAGCCAAAUUAUCAGAAUUUGCAACAAGUUUUCCAAAUGUUACAAAAUAUGAAGAAUUAAGAUAAUAAUAUUGUUAUAAUAUUUUGAUGUAAAGAAAUGUUUGGGUAAAUUUUGAAAGUUUCAAUAUUUCAGAGAAUAUGUUUUAUGGAAAAAUUUAUGAAAAAAAAAAUAAUAAAGAUUCUGAUUUUACACUAUAAUUACUUAAAGAAGGCCUCACAUUUAUUAAAAAUAAUAAUGAUUUUUAUAGUAAAUAUGAAGAGGCCUAAAAAGAGGCAGAAUAACUCAAAAAAGGUUUCUGGAAAGAAUCUUAUGCUUAAUUUAUUAUAGAUCUUUCAUAUAAUAAACAGACUUUAAAAAGAUAAGUGAGUAAUUAAGGAAACAUAUAAAAAAAUGAAAAUUAAUAGAUUUAAAAAGUUAUAGUUACUGCUUUUAAUGAUUGCAAUGAAUUUUAUAUUCGUAAAUAAAUUAAUCCUGAAUUUGAUGAAUUAGAAAUUUAAGUUGAAAAAGCUACACUAACAGUAAUAAUAUUAUCUAUAUAUUAAGCCACUAAAAAAACCAGUUAAGAAAGGAACCUUAUGUUUAGCUAGAUUUUCUGAAGAUAAUAGAAUAUAUAGAGCAUAAGUAUUAUAAGCAUUUAAAAAUGAUAAAUUCUUAAUAAAGUUUAUAGAUUAUGGAAAUAAUGAUGGAGUUAAUUAUUAAGAUAUGGGAGUAUUACCAGCUUAAUUUACAAAUAUUCCUUAAUAGGCUAAAAUGUGUUCAUUAGCUUAUUUGAGGGUUCCUCCAUCAUCACAUGAAUUUGCAGAAGAAGCAUCUGAUAUUUUAAGAGAAUUAAUUCUUGAUUAAUAAUUUGAUUAUAAAGUUGCUUACACAGAGAAAUCCUCAAAUAGAUAAUUAGUCACUCUUUAACCAUAAGAUUAACCAGAUAAAUUGGAAUUUACAAUUAACAAAAUUGUAUUAGAAAAAGGGUAUAAAUCCUUUUUAUAUUUUUACUAGAUUAGGAAGAAUUGAGAAUAGAGUAUCAUAUAAUCCUUUGAAAGAGUUCAAAAAUUUAGAAGAAGAAGCAAAAGCUAAUGGAAUUGGUAUUUGGGGUUUUGAUGAUUGUUUGGAGGAUGAAAAAUAAUUUGAAGAUGAAUAUGAUUAUUAUGAAUGAUCCA